CAUUCACGGCCGUUCCCGCCCCUUGACUUCCGGGCUGCUAUUUCCGUUUUCCUGCAUCCGGGGCGGUGCGAACAGCGGUGGGCGUGUCCCUGCGGCGCGUGGUGACCGUUUGCGUGCGCGGUUCUUGGCUCGCGGCGGCGGUUAGCGGCGGUUGGCCGGGGUUGUCUGCCUGCGACAUGGCGGACGCGGAAGCCGCCAUGACGUUCCCGAAGAAGCACAAGAAGAAGAAAGACCGGAAGCCGCUGCCGGAAGCUGACGUGGCUGAGAUCCAGCAUGUGGAAGAUUUCCUGAUCAAACCGGAGUCCAAGGCGGCUCAGUUGGACACCUCCCAGUGGCCCCUGCUGCUCAAGAACUUUGACAGACUGAACGUGCGGACGGCGCACUAUACGCCCAUCCCGUGCGGUUCCAACCCGUUGAAGAGGGAGAUCGGGGAGUACGUCAGGACCGGCUUCAUCAACCUGGACAAGCCGUCCAACCCCUCCUCGCACGAGGUCGUGGCCUGGAUCCGCCGCAUCCUGCGCGUGGAGAAGACGGGGCACAGCGGGACGCUUGACCCCAAGGUCACCGGGUGCCUCAUCGUCUGCAUUGAGCGUGCCACACGCCUGGUCAAGUCACAGCAGAGCGCAGGCAAAGAGUAUGUCGGGGUCGUGCGGCUGCACAACGCCAUCGAGGGGACCGCCCAGCUCUCCAGGGCCCUGGAGACCCUGACGGGUGCCCUGUUCCAGCGGCCCCCGCUCAUUGCGGCGGUGAAGCGGCAGCUGCGUGUGCGCACGAUCUACGAGAGCCGCGUUGUCGAGUACGACCCUGAGCGCAGGCUGGGUGUGUUCUGGGUGAGCUGCGAGGCCGGCACCUACAUCCGGACGCUGUGCGUGCACCUGGGGCUGCUGCUGGGCGUCGGGGGGCAGAUGCAGGAGCUGCGGCGCGUACGCUCGGGCGUCGUGGGCGAGCGGGACCACAUGGUGACGAUGCAUGAUGUGCUAGACGCGCAGUAUCUAUACGACCACCACCGGGACGAGAGCUACCUGCGCCGCGUGGUUUUCCCGCUGGAGAAGCUGCUGACGUCGCACAAGCGCCUGGUGAUGAAGGACAGCGCGGUAAACGCCAUCUGCUACGGCGCGAAGAUCAUGCUCCCCGGCCUCCUGCGCUACGAGGAUGGCAUCGAGGUCAACCAGGAGAUCGUGGUCAUCACCACCAAGGGCGAGGCCAUCUGCGUCGCCAUCGCGCUGAUGACGACCGCCGUGAUCUCCACAUGCGACCACGGGGUGGUGGCGAAGAUCAAGCGCGUCAUCAUGGAGCGCGACACCUACCCCCGCAAGUGGGGCCUGGGGCCGAAGGCGAGCCAGAAGAAGCAGCUGAUCAAGCAGGGCCUCCUGGACAAACAUGGCCGACCCACGGACGGCACCCCUGCCUCCUGGACGCGCGACUACGUGGACUACAGGUGA